UUUCCUACCCUCUUUCGUGCUCACUGAUUUCUAAGUGGCCGGUUGCCCCCGCUCCUUCCCCUGCCUGCUCACUUCUUUGUAGCCGGUGGGGAUGUCGCGAUUGCCUCCUCCUUCCUCUGUCGUCUUCACACGAUCAGGGAGACCGAAACCGUCCUAGAUCUUCACAGGCACAGGGAAGAUGUUGCAAAGUAUUGGCCUGACUCUCCUCGUCAUCGUGGCUACUUUGUUUUUUGUCUUGCUGUUCAUGCUCUGUGGUUGGUGCGUGGUCUGGCAGCUCUUCUUGUCCAAGUUUAAGUUCCUACGAGAGCUGAUAGGAGACACGGGAUCCCAGCCGGGGGAUAGUGCAAAUGCAGAACCCGAAACUGAACAGGAUGCGCUCCUCACUCCGCAGAGAGGCAGGCAGAAAUCUGCACGUCAGCGAAGGGGACCGGCCGAAGAAGCAAGCUAA